AUGAAUGUCCUGAAGGAUGAAUCCAUGCUAAUGAAUAUGCCCCUUUUCUACUGCAGCCAACAUGAGGGUCUCGGACAGGAAUACUUCUCUCCCCAAGAAACCUGCGUAUCAGGUAUCUGUACCGGUGCUCUUUCUGCCGCAGCUGUUAGCUGUUGUAGGACUGCAUCUGAACUGGUCCCUAUUGCUGUACAAACGGUACUGGUCGCUUUUCGACUGGGGAUGUGCACAUUACGUGCUGCCAAGGCAAUUGACCCGUCGGAAGGAAACUGGUCGAUGGUUGUAUCUUGUGAUUCAACUGACAAAGUUGAAGAGCUUCUUUGCAAAUUCUCUGAGUCUAAUAAUCUUCCCAUCACAUCAAUGCCAUGGAUUAGUGCAUAUGGGGAGGAUAACUGGGUGUCGAUCAGUGCACCUGCAUCCAUUUUGCUAGCACUUCGCUCCUCUGAGAUACUGUCAGGAAUGCGCUCGCGUGUACUUGACAUCCACUCCCCUUAUCAUGCAAAGCAUAUAUUUUCAAAUAGCGACAUCGAUGCAAUCCUCGAGACAACCGAUUCUCAGGAGUGGGAGCGAUAUAGAGCCGUUCGACCUAUGGUUUCGAGCACCACUGGAGAAGUAAUUGAGCCCGAAGGACUCCGACCCCGCUUGGAGGCAGCACUCAUUCAAAUUUUGAUUGAGCCGAUCAGAUGGACAGAGCUCACUCAGGGGCUGGCUGCAUUCAUGUCCUCAAUCAACGCAACGAGGUUCCACGUUAUUUCUAUUGGCACCAAUGCAGAGGCCACAUUAACUGCAUCACUGAGCUCCAAGAUGCAACUUGAUGAUUCUCAAGUCCCCGGUAAUGGCGAGAGUGUGAAGCCAGACCAAAACGGUGGCGAGGCCCGUGGAAAUAUGGUUCGUGGUCGAUCCAAGAUCGCUAUCGUUGGCCUCUCAGGCAGAUAUCCAAGUGCAGAGAAUAACGAGGAAUUCUGGGAUCUCAUCUUCCGUGGACUAGACGUGCACAAAACUGUGCCAGAUCUCCACUGGAGUGCUAAGACACAUGUUGACCCUACCGGCAAGAAAAAGAAUACCAGUGCUACCCCGUACGGCUGCUGGUUGGAACAUCCUGAGGCAUUUGAUGGACUCUUUUUCAACAUGUCACCCCGCGAGGCACCCCAAGUCGACCCUGCUCAGCGUAUCGCCUUGAUGACCGCCUAUGAAGCAAUGGAACAAGCCGGAAUUGUCCCUGGCGCUACCCCAUCCACCCGCCACGACCGGGUGGGCGUCUUCUAUGGAGUCACAAGCAAUGACUGGAUGGAAACUAACAGUGCCCAAAACAUCGACACGUACUUCAUUCCCGGUGGUAACAGAGCGUUCAUCCCAGGCAGGAUCAAUUAUUUCUUCAAAUUCAGCGGUCCCAGCUACAGUGUUGACACCGCAUGCUCUUCUAGUUUGGCAUCUCUCCAUAUCGCUUGCAAUUCUCUGUGGCAGCGUGAUAUUGAUACUGCCAUUGCGGGUGGAACAAACAUCCUUACCAACCCUGACUUUACUGCUGGUCUGGAUCGUGGGCACUUCCUCUCACGCACUGGUAACUGUAAGACAUUUGAUGACGAUGCCGAUGGGUAUUGCCGUGGAGAAGGUGUUGGCACCGUUAUCCUGAAGCGUUUGGAGGAUGCCAUUGCUGACAAGGAUCCUAUCCACGGUCUCAUCUUGGGAACUUACACAAACCAUUCGGCAGAGGCAGAGUCAAUCACCCGCCCGCAUGUCGGAGCCCAGAGGGAUAUCAUGAGAAAUAUUCUCAGCAACAGUGGAGUUGAUCCAUACAGUGUGAGUUACGUUGAACUGCAUGGAACAGGUACUCAGGCAGGCGAUGCUAGAGAAAUGACCUCUGUCCUGGACACUUUCGCGCCUGCAGACGCCCGUCGAUAUCGUCAGCCCGAAGAGUCCUUAUAUCUAGGCUCAGUUAAAUCCAACAUCGGUCACGGAGAGGCUGCUGCUGGAGUCAGUGCUCUGAUCAAGGUUCUCUUGAUGUUGAGAAACAAUACCAUCCCUCCGCACUGUGGUAUCAAAAACAAAAUCAACUCCAGCUUCCCAACAGACCUUGAUGCCAGGAACGUAUACAUUGCAAAGAAGGCCGUCCCCUGGCCGUCAAAAGAGGGACAGCCACGCAGGGUAUUUAUAAACAACUUCAGCGCUGCAGGAGGAAACUCUGCCCUAGUCCUCGAAGAAAAACCUGUGGAGGCUGAGAUUCUGGGAACAGAUCCUAGAGCUGCCCAUGUGGUAACGGUGUCAGCCAAAUCAGCAAUUUCUUUGAAUCGAAAUAUCCAGUCACUCGCAGAUUAUAUUGAGAAGCAUCAAGACGAGACUCUUUUCCUUCCCCAGCUGUCCUAUACCACGACCGCACGUCGAAUUCACCAUCAACAUCGAGUUGCUGUUACCGGUGCAUCUGCUGCCGAUAUCAAGGCAGCUCUUAAAACAGCGGCUGCAAAUGGUGAUGGCAAGGUUAGAGCAAGAGUUGCACCCAAGGUCACAUUCACAUAUACUGGACAGGGUGCUCAGUAUGUUGGUAUGGCUAAGCAGCUAUACACAUUAUUUGAUCAAUUUAAGAGAGACAUCAACCGAUUUGAUAGCCUUGCCCAGAAGCUAGGAUUCCCCAGCUUCCUUUCUGUGAUUGAGGAUGAGUCUAGCCAGCAACAGCACGAUAUCUCUCCAGUCACCUUACAACUCUCCAGUGUCUGUCACAGCCUUGGCGAAUAUGCUGCUCUCAAUACCGCUGGUGUUCUGUCCGACACAGACACCAUUUUCCUCGUGGGAAGACGUGCGCAGUUGUUAGAGCAGCAUUGUAUACUUGGAACACACAGCAUGCUUGUGGUUAAGGCUUCUUUAGCUGCCGUCCAGAGAGCACUCGAUGGCACGGAAUUUGAGGUUGCAUGUAUCAAUGCACCAGAGGAGACUGUCCUUGCCGGGCCCAACAAACAAAUUGAAGCCCUCAAGGAGUCCUUGAACAACAAUGGCCUCAAGACAAAGAUCAUUUCGGUGCCUUUUGCAUACCAUUCUUCCCAGGUAGAUUCCAUAUUGAACCAUUUCGAGACACUGGCUACAGGCGUUAGGUUCCGCAAGCCAGCGAUUCCGGUUAUAUCUCCAUUGCUCGCCGAGGUCAUCGUGGACGAGGGUAUCAUUUGCCCUAGGUAUCUAAGGAGACAUUGCCGUGAGACCGUCAGUUUCCUCGGAGCUCUUCAGCAUGUCAAAGAGACUGGAGUCGUGAAAGAUAAGUCCUUUUUCGUCGAGGUAGGCCCUCACCCUAUCGUGACUGGUAUGGUUAAGGCACUCUUUGGGACCUCUGUCACUUCUAUGGCUACGCUUCAGCGUAGCCGUGAUGACCUGAAGGUUGUAACCGAGUUGCUUGUUUCCCUUUAUUCGGCCGGCACUGACCUUCGCUGGAACGAGUACCACCGCGACUUUGAGGCUUCUCACAAGGUCCUGGAACUCCCUGCAUACAACUGGGACUUGGGGAACUACUGGAUGCAGUACGUGAAUGACUGGUCUUUGCGAAAGGGUGACCCCCCAUUGAUCGUUGGCCCUUCGUCCUUGACCUCAACUACCAUCCACAAAGUAGUGGACGACAGUAUUGACAAAAUUGUUGUCGAGUCGGAUAUGGCACGCGAAGAUUUUAAUCCCUUGGUACAGGGCCACGAGGUCGAUGGCGUGCCUCUAUGCACACCAUCUGUCUAUGCGAAUAUAGCCCUUUCCAUCGGCAAGUAUCUUCUGGAGAGAUACCAUCCAGAAAUCGAAACGAACCUGGUCGACGUGGCCAACAUGACUGUCUUGAAGGCAUUGAUUGCUCGGGCUCAGGGGCCCCAGCCACUUCGUACCAUAGCAACUGUCGAUUGGUCUGCUAAGAAAGCUGGCGUUUCCUUCCGCUCUUACGAUAAAUCUGGAGAGCCAACGGUGGAACAUGCGACCUGCGAGAUACACUUCACUGAUCGGUCUCGGCUCAAGCUGCUAGAGGGCUCUACUGCAACUAUCAAGGCUCGAAUGGGCGCUAUGCGCGAGACACUUGGAAGCGGUGAAACCCAAAGAUUCAAUCGAGCAAUGGUUUAUAAGAUGAUCAGUCCUUUGGCACAAUUCCACCGAGACUAUCAGCCACUCGAUGAAGUUAUCAUCGAUAGCAACAGCCUGGAAGUCUCCAGUCAGGUCAACUUCAAAGGUGUCCAGGCUGCUGGUAACUUCUUUGCCCAUCCAGCUUAUAUUGACGGCCUCACACAGGCAGGAGGGUUUGUCAUGAACUGCAAUGACAGUAAUGAUUUGGCAGUGGAGGUGUUCGUUAACCAUGGCUGGGAGUCUCUACAGCUGUAUGAGCCUCUUCAGAAGGAGAAGAAGUAUAAGACUUUCUGUCAUAUGUCUCCAGGAGACAACAGAAAGUUCCAUGGUGAUGUGGUGGUCUUUGAAAGUGAGAAAAUUGUAGCCAGUUACAAGGGCAUUGUUUUCCAAGGCGUUCCUCGUCGAGUGUUGCGUUUCUUCUUGAAGCCUGAAGCGCCGGCCGCUCCCCGUGGACAAGCAAAUCAAAAGACCACAGCACGACCAGCUCCUGUUGCACCAGUUGCAACGGCCAUGCCAACUUCUACCUCCAAGCCAAUUGCUAAGCCCGCCAUGGCUCCAACAACAGCCAGCGCCAAGUCACCAAAGGUCAAGCAGGCAUUCCAAAUUAUCUCUGAAGAAGCUGGCGUGCCUGUUGAAGACCUCACGGACGAUUGUGUCUUCACAGACAUGGGAAUUGAUUCGCUGUUGGCUCUAGUGAUCACAAGCCGAUUCCGGGAAGAGCUCGAGUUGGACGGGGAACUGGAUGAUAUAUUCCUCACGUAUACCUCCGGGAAAGCGCUUAGAAGCUACCUUGCAAACCAGUCAGGUUCGGAUAUCCCAGUAGUGGUGGAACCAACACCAUUACCGGUCAUUGCGCUAAAUGUUGAGCCCGCCGUCACUUCUCGAAUCUCCAUGGGUGCCGAUUGUGCUGCUGCCCUUGCUAUAGUGUCUGAAGAGAGUGGAAUUGCGAUUGCAGAGCUCGCUGAUGAGUGUAUCCUUGCAGAAAUUGGUAUCGAUUCACUUCUGGCGCUUGUGAUCGUCAGUCGUUUCAAGGAGGAAUUGGACGUCGAUAUUGACAGUCAAUCUGUGUUCACAGAUUCCUUCACGAUCCGAGACCUGAAGGCAUUCUUUGGAAAGGGGGAAUCAACUAUUACUACCCGCGCACCGUCCAUUCUGAUGGAAAGCUCUGAUGAAAACACCAUGUCAUCCAUGACACCACCAGACUCAAGUUCCGACUACGACACGUCCGAGAAGCCAGAACACAUUGCUGUACCGCCUGCCACAUCUGUUCUAUUGCAGGGUAUUGCAAGACACGCAGAGAAGAUCCUCUUCCUCUUCCCUGACGGCUCAGGAUCUGCAACUUCAUAUUCAGCAAUCCCACGGCUGAGUCCCCGCGUAGCUGUCAUCGGGCUUAACUCUCCCUAUAACAAGAUCCCAGAGCUUUUCAGAUGCACUCUCGACGACCUGAUUGAUAGUUACAUAGAUGAGGUCCGCCGUCGCCAACCAACAGGGCCAUAUUAUUUCGGAGGCUGGUCCGCCGGAGGUAUUUUGGCCUACCGCGCCGCUCAAAAGCUGAUUGAAGCUGGUGAAAAAGUUCCCGAUCUUAUUCUAAUCGAUUCCCCGGUCCCAAGGGGGUUGGACAAGCUGCCACAGCAUUUCUAUGAUCACUGCAGCAAGUAUCAGGUAUUCGGACACCGUGCUGGACCAACCAAGGGCCAUGCGAAGGCACCGGCAUGGCUUAUUCCACACUUCAAUGCAACAAUUGACACCCUACAUGAUUACCAUGCGUCCCCUCUUCCGGCUGGUAAAACGCCACGAACGACUAUCAUAUGGGCGUGUGAGAGUGUAAUUGAUGGUGUUAAUGUGCCCAAACUUCAGUCCCAUCCCGACGAUACACCAGGCAUGAAGUUUUUGUCUGAACAACGCACCGACUUUUCAGCAGCUGGGUGGGAGGCCGUCUUUCCAGGAGGAGAGAUUAUCUUGGAGCGUAUUGAGCGCGCCAACCACUUCUCUAUGAUGAAAGGAGAGCAUGCAUCUAAGCUAGCUGCAAUCAUUAAAGCUGCACUAGCAUAA